CCCUAAACUUUCUCUUUCGUCUCUCUAAUUCUUCGAACCAAAACCCCUGCUACUCUGCCACCACCAUCUCCGGCAACCCACCUCGCCAACCACCGUUACAAGCGUUUCAGGCAGGGGAAGAAUCAACUCUCGCAACCAUGGCUAGCACUAAAGUCCAAAGGAUUAUGACCCAACCCAUUAACUUGAUUUUCAGGUUCCUUCAAAGUAAAGCUCGCAUUCAGAUUUGGCUUUUUGAGCAGAAGGAUUUGAGGAUUGAAGGUCGAAUUAUUGGCUUUGAUGAGUAUAUGAAUUUGGUUCUUGAUGAUGCUGAGGAGGUCAAUGUCAAAAAGAAGACCAAGAAAAUCUUAGGGAGGAUUCUUCUUAAAGGAGACAACAUUACUCUGAUGAUGAAUUCGGGAAAAUGAUGAUCGACCUGGAAACUGCGGAUUUCUUCAUUGAGUUAUAUAUGAUCUGUACUGCUGUAUUGAACAUCGAAACAUGAUUUAAUUUGCUCUGUAGGUGAUUAGUGCAGGCGCUAAACGGGGUAUGAAUCCAGUAAAUUGUGUUAAAAGUAUGAGAUACAUUGUUAAUUCAGUCUGGAAAAAUCAUUAUCCAUUGCAAUCUAUAGCAGGAUUAUCUUUA